AUGGCACCCAAGGCGAUGAGGGCAAAGGCUGGGCAGACCGACGUCGAGCUCAAGGCGGCCGAACACCUCGACACAGCGAGCGACUUCACCUCUCCCUCCCUCUCCGUCCUCGAAUCGUCCCUCCGCUGCCCGAUCUGCUCUGAGUUCUUCACGGCACCCGUCAUCUUGACUAACUGUUCGCACUCGUUCGACUCGCGAUGCCUGAGGGACUACUUGGCCGUCCACAAGCGAUGUCCGUCCUGUCUGGCGGAGACGGACGAGUCCCGGAUACGGAAGAACCUGGCUUUGCAGGAGGUGUUGAACGCGUGGCAGAGUGCUAGGGACGAGAUCCUCCGACUCGAAGAUGCCGCCUCAUCCGCUUCGACCCGCAUCGCCGGCCCAUCACGCCAGUCUCCUCUCUCUCCCACUCCACUAUCAGCUCGCCGCACCCGCACAUCCGCCAACUCUACCGCUCCCGCAUCGAAAGGCAAGCGCAAAGCCGCCUCUUCGCCCUCCGUCAAGCCCGAACCCGGCUCAGACGACGACAUUAUCGGAAUCGACGACAGCUCCGAUAUCGAGAUCGUAGAGGACGAGUCAAGCAGUGCGAUGAGGCCGCCAAAGAAGCGGGUGAAAGGGGCGAAUGGACUGGCGAAGGCGGCUGCGGACCCGACAGAUCCAAACCUGAUCGUCAGCUGCCCGAUCUGCGCCGGCUCGUUCAGGAACUCGCUCGUCGCGCUGCACGUCGAGAAGUGCAACGGCGUCGCACCGGCGUCAACGGGUGCCGCUGCGUGGGGAAAGCUGAUGGAUGGUGGAGGCAGCGGGCCAAGUCAAGCGGCAGGGAACGAGUCACCGUCUCGUGCAAACAAGCUCGAUACGACUAAAUACCUGCCAUUGACGAGCUAUAGCUACAAGAGCGUCACCGAGCUUACCGAGAUGCUCAAGGAAUACGCCCUCCCAACAACCGUUCCGCCGACCUGCCUUACGACCGACUCGAAGCUCUCCGUCUUCCAGCGCCGGCACCGCCAAUUCCUCAUCCUCUGGAACGCAAACGCCGACCUCGACCCGUCCGAUCCGAAGCACCAGACGCCGAAGCAGCUGAGGGAGGAAUUGAAUCGGUGGGAGAAGGUGCAGGAUGCGAGUGGAGGCGCGAAUGGAGCGGGAGGGGCGGGACAGGCGGAGGGGAAGGGAGGACCGGUGUCGAAGGAGCAUGCGACGAAGUACGCGCCACAGUUCCGCGAUUUGAUCGCUCAAGCGCGAGCGUCUGCGCAGGCAGCGAAGGAGAAGCAGCGGGCGGCAGCGGAGCCUGCACCCGACGAAGCGGGCUCACCGUCAGUCGACAACUCUGCCGCGCCAUCCGACGUCGACAUCGCUCUUCGACUUUCCGCCUCUCCACCACCGCCGUCGACCAGGAAACGGUCCGUUCGCCUCGUUUCGCCUCAACGCUCGCCCUCUCCUGUGCCGGUACCUCGAGACUCGCCCGCAUCUUCUCCCUCGCCCAUGCUCUCGCCUCGACCGGCUCGCGCUGAGUCGGACCCUCCGCUCGACCAGGUGGACGCGAAGGGGGUCAAGGAGCAGGGAAGAAGGCGGAGGGACACCAGCCCCUACAACCCGGAGGGACCGCGGCCGAGCCAGCGCAACAGGGAGGAGGAGCGGAUGUUUGCCGAGAUGUACGGAGGCAAGGAAGACGAGGAGGAGACGGACGGUCCUGAGGAGCGGGAAGUUGGCGGCGCGAUGGAGGCUUGGGACUGA